CUUUAUGUAUUUAUUAUCGAUGUUAACACUUUCCAACUUUGGCCUUUUUGAUAUAUGGCUCUCUUUCUACAGAACUUUUCCUCUCUUUCAUUACAGUUCACGCAAUCUCAUUAAAUCCAAAAAGCUGAAGACAAUUAACCAUAAACACACAAAGACAGAGAAAAGAAACUGAAACGGUCUGGAUCAAUGGCUACCGUCGCCGCGGUAACACCGCCGGCGAAGCGAAGAAGAACCGACGGCGGAAAAGAUAUCGCCAUAAUCGAAGGACUUCCCGACCACGUAUCAGAGAUAUGCCUUUCCCUCGUCUGCCGUCCGUCACUACUCGCCGCCGUUUGUACACGGUGGCGCCGCCUCGUUUACUCCCCCGAGUUUCCACCGUUCUCGUCUCUCUACGCGCUUUUCGUGGAUUCGAACUCGGAUCCAGCUCGGGUCAACCCAGCUAUCCGGUUCAUGUGUUUCGACCCGGUUUCUUCUAAAUGGGAUCCGCUUCCUCCUCCUCCACCCGACCCACCUCUUCACCGGAUUCUCUACCGUCAUCCGUCGUAUAUUUCUUUUAACUUUCCGAUUCAGUGCGUUUCCGCCGCCGGAAAACUCGUUCUCAUCGCCGCGAGUAACCGCGAAUUCUCUCCGGCGAUCUCCCACCCUCUAAUUUUCGAUCCAGUCUCUUCUACUUGGACCUCCGGGCCUCCAUUAGAAUCCCCGAGACGGUGGUGCGCAACCGGAGCUUGCGGCGGAGUCGUAUACGUUGCUAGUGGUUUGGGUUCGCAGUUCUCCCCAAUCGUCGCGAGAUCGAUCGAGAAACUUGAUCUCACGGAUCAUAAUCGGAGUAACUGGCAGAAGCUAAGAGAGAUGAGAGACUCACGGUUUAGCCGUGAAGCCAUUGACGCAGUUGGAUGGAGAAGGAAGCUUUUAAUGGUGAAUGUUAAAGGGGAUGCGAUUAAAGAAGGAGCUAUAUACGACGUCGUUAACGACGAUUGGGAAGCGAUGCCGGAGGAAAUGGCGGCGGGAUGGAGAGGCCCGGUGGCGGCUAUGGAGGAGGAGACGCUUUAUUCAGUUGAUGAGAGGAAUGGAACAGUGAGAAUAUACAAUGAGGAGGAGAGAGUGUGGAGGGAAGUAACGGUGGUGGAAGGUGGAGAAGAGAUGCUUAAAGGAGCUCAGCAAGUUACGGCGUUCGCCGGCAAACUCUGUGUUGUUAACGUUGACGGAAGUAUUGUUGUGGUGGAUGUUAUGGCGGAGCCGGCAAAGAUUUGGACCGUGGAGAACCCCGAAGGGCUUGAACCGGUUUCGGUUCAUGUAUUGCCAAGAAUGAGCCGACCGGAUAUCUUACACUUUAGAAAAAUCUAGUGAAAGAUCUGUUUAAAUAAUUUCCGCGCACAGCGCGGGUUAGUAUCUAGUUAUUUGUUUCUUUUGUAUAGGGAACUCUAAUUUUAAUAAAAUGAGACGCCAAAAAAAAAAACUAAUUUUAUUCGAUAUUUUUUAUUCCGUUA